GGGACGAGCCCAGGCCGCAUCGUAGCCUCGCCCAAUGUGCAGGUUCACCCCACUCCGACUGAAGAUGUCCAUAUCCAAAUCGGGGGGCCGGUCCCAUCUGCUCACAUUCGGAAGUCAGCUUCCCACACUUCUCACGGAGAGGACCUCCUGAAGAGAAUUGAUGCUGUGGUCUCGCAGAUGGAACAGGAGCUUUCCAGUGAUCUUGCUGCGUGUGUUUCGUCGCCCGAGGCUCAAGCUGCUUGGGAUGUCACUCACGGUCUGGAGUGGAUUGACCGCCAGAUCGAUGCCAAGGCACGGCGUCGCGAGGCCUGCGAGUCGAGGCAAGCACAUUUAGCUGAUCUUCGACGUCUUGUGGCACAGCGUGAUGAGAACAUGGCGACCUUGCAGGCUCCGGAAAUCUCGGCACGUUCCACCAGCCGUUUGUCCAUCCUGGAGGAUGAGCAUGAGGAACUCAAAAAGCAGGUGGAAGCCGAGCGAUUGGAAUUGCUCAAGGUGCGUGCUAACUUGCAAGUGGAGUGUGAAGAACGAGUGCAGGAGGCUGGCUGCUUAGCCCAGUCCUUCCAGGAGAGCCGGCAACAUGCCCUGGCUCUGCAGCAGGCGGCCAACGAGCGGUCCAGGGAUGCAGCAAAUCAACUUAAAAUGCUGCAGGCCUCCUUAGAACAAGAAAAGCAGCAGCACAGAAUGUCCCAGGAAGCACAACAGCUGGCAGGCGCACGUGUGAGGCAUUUGGAGGAAAAGUCCCAAAACAUGAUGGCAGAGAACCAGAUGCUGCAGCAAAAGAUUCGGGAGAUGGAGAUGGAACAGUCUGCCUUCUUGGAAGUUCAAGACAAGUCAGAGGAGGAAAGACGGUCUCUGCUUUCGCGACUGCAAGAAGUGGAGUCCCAGCGAGAUAGUGAAAUAGGCUCCUUACAAGAGGCGCACAGCAGGAUUCGCAGCCUCCAAAGCGAAAAAGAGACGCUUUCGGAGGUGGAGGCUGAACUUGAGAGAUCGAGAAUGGAGACGGAAGAACGAGAGAAGGAAUUGCGGGAAGCGCGCCAGGAGGCCAAGGAACUUCAACAAAGGUUGGAGCACAGUCACAACGCUCAGUUGAAGGCUGUGGAAAGCCCCACGAGACGACUCUCAAUCCUGGAGGGUGGACAUGAAGAGCUGAGAAAGCAGGUUGAGAAUGAGCGGAUCGAAUUGCACAAGGUGCGAGCCAAUCUGCAGGUGGAGUGCGAACGACGUUUGCAGGAGGAACGUGCUUUGGCGGAGUCUGUCAAGGAGAAUCGACAGCAUGCCUUGGCGCAAGAGGCUGCCAAUCAACGCCUGAGAGAGGAUGCUCAACAACUUCGGUUGCUACAGGAGCGCUUGAGAGAAACCGAGGCCAACUUAGAGCGUGAAAGGCAGCAGCGGAUGUCGCAGGAUGCCCACCAUGAAGCAGGUGCUAAUCUACGUGAAGAGAAUCAGAGCCUGCAGCAGAAGGUUCGGCAACUGGAGGUGGAAAACGCGAAACUCGUGGAGUUACAAGUGAAAUCUGAGGAAGAAAGACGGUCCUUGAUUUCACGCAUCCAAGAAAUUGAGUCCCAGCACGAAAAUCAUCUUGGCUCCUUGCAAGACACGCAAUCCAGGAUGCGGCUGCUGCACUCGGAGAAAGAGGCGCUGUUGGAAGAGAUGGGACAGCUGAAGAGCAGCCAGCGGGAGAAGGAAGAAGCUGAGAAGGAUCUGCUGGAAGCGCAGACUCUGGUGCAGCAACUGCAAAGAAAGUUGGCAAAGCAAGAGGAACAGGUAAGGAUCUUCGAAGAACGACACAUGGCUCAGGAAGCCGCUGUGUCAGCGCUGGAGUCCCAGCUGGCAGAUGAAAAGCAGGAGGCCUCAGAACUGCGGCAGCAAGUGGUGGAAUGUCAGAGCGCGGGGCAAAAACUGCAGCUGGACUCAGAGGCCGUACUGGCAGAAGUGCAUGCACUUCAGCAGCAAAACGAGGAGCUCCAGAAAUCUCUGGCUGCGCGCGACGAAAGCGUGGCCAACGCGGCCAACGCGGCCGCUGGCGGCGCUUCGAGGAAGCGGCAGAAGACGAGGCAGCAGUCACUCUGGGCAGAGUCCAUUACUCUGCCAGUAGAUGAGGACGAUCUGCUGCCAAGCGCAGAUGGCUUCGUGGCACAGGUGCGCGAGGCACAUCAGGGGGUCGACCGGCUCAUGGAGAACGGCGCAAAGGUUCAUAUCGGUACCAUCACGGUGCAGUUGGAGUUGAUGGCCGGCAAGGGAGAUGUGCAAGAGCUGCUGGAUUCCAACAAGGAGAUCCAAUUGGAGCGGGGCUUGAUGGUCAAUGAACUGGAUGCCCGUUGUCACGAUCUCCAAGCGCUGCAGGAGAAGGUGAUUCUGCAACAUAAUCUCUCCUCAGAAGAGCAGGAGCAGGUGACCACUUACAUCCAGAGAGACAUGGCUAGGUGUCAGGAGGAGCUGGAGAUCAUGAAGCUUUCCGACAGCUUGGUGAAGCUUCCGGAGGGUCUCAUCCAGGAGCUGAUCCAUAUGAAGGACGAGGGUCUCCCCGGUGAACCUGGGUAUGAGAACGGCUUCACCCCGAUGCACUGGGCUGCACAGCAUGGGCGAAGAGAUCUGGUGGAAUUCAUCAGGGAAAAGGUGGAAAAGGGAUCUGAACUCCUUCGAUCAAGAGAUGUUCAAGGCCGCAUUCCGCUGUUCUUCGCCAAACGCGCACGCAGGGAUGGCCUGGCCUACCACCUCUCGAGGAUUGGAGGUUUUUCGGAUUUGCUGGUGAGGUCUUCAAAGAAAAGACCCGACGUUGAAGAUUUGGCUCCGGCCUACAAAAAGGUUUUGGAGAAUAUCGAGAAGCAUUCCUGGCGAGCCAUGGAGUGGAAGGGUGGCUGGACCAUGCUGCAUUGGGCGGCCAAGCACGGCAAGAAGGAGCUGUGUUUGUACCUGCUGACUCAGCAAGCGAAUCCCAGCGAAAAGGAUGAUGAGGGCCGUAGUGCGUUGGACGUGGCGCGGGAGGCCAAUCACACGGAUCUCCUGGUGGCCUUCCAAGAGAAGUUGACCAUGCCGCGAGAAAGCGUGAGCUCUAUUGCGUUUACGCCAGCUUCUGUCACUCCCAAGGAGUAGAGUUGGCCCCAGUAGUUCUGGCAAGAAAAGUUAUGGCCUUCAAAGAUCAAGGCCCGAUGACCGCAGUGGAAAAUCCCAUCCCCUGAUUCACGGGUUGGGGGUGUCAAAAAAA